UAAUGCAGCUGUAGCAGAAAUAUGCAAACUUGUGGAAGACGGUUACACAGUAUUGCGCUUAGAAAUAUCGAAAAGUCAGAAGGAGAACGACGUCCUGAAGAGAAGACUGCAAAUGAUGGAAGUCCAGCGAUCAUUCUACCGAAGAGCGUACAAGCUGAGAAGUACGGGUCGACCACAAAAAGGUUGCGACAAGUUUACAGAACGAAUUGUAAAGGUUGACCUGAGUCAUUUUAACAAUAAGCGCAUGGGCAGAGAGAUGCUUGUCCGGAAUGCGGAGAAUACGUCUUCACCACCAGCUGUUCCCAACAAGCCAGUGUAUGAAGAGGAAGAUAGUCCAGAUUUACUCAUUAUUAAAGAGGAGAGAACUGAUGAAAUAAGGAGCCAUGCACCAGAGGAAGAGCUAGACUUUACAGAUGAGAAGGAUGAAGGUGACGCUGCAGACGAGAAUGCAGAAACCUCCUGUGCUGCAGAUGGAGGAGAAUUCAUUGAUCAGGACACAAUUAGCCGCAGUAACCAGGAGCCAGAGAGAGCUCAGCCUGAUUUUCUCAAGGAUGAAGGUCUGGAAGAGCACAAAGCAGGAGAUGAUGAAUGCACACAGAAGUUUGACAGCCCCGAGUCCAGUGGCCAAACUCAAGAACAAAGCUCUCGUUCAUCAGCUCAGUCUGACAUGGACAAUUCUGUUUCAUUCCCGUCCUGGGUAACAGGGAGAUUUGACCCAGUUAACCACAGCCUUUCUAACCCAGGACCUGAAUGUAGUGCAGGAACUUCAAACAAUCAGUAUUUUAUGUUUAGAGGCUCUAUUGAUCCAACUUGCUCUUAUGCUGUUCAGUCAACCUCUGAAGAAAGUCAUUUUGAUGUCAGGACUGAGGUCAGUAGAGGCGAGGAGAACAGUAUCACUUCUUACGUUUCCACUUUCGGUGCGUUGGACAGUUUGGACCAGAUGCCAAGGAAGGACCGUUUUGUCUGUAAGCAGUGCGGGAAAGCGUGGUCUCACCCAAGUGCGUUUCUUGUUCAUCAAAGGGUCCACACAGGUGAGAGACCGUACACCUGUACUCUGUGCGGUAAGAAGUUUUCGCAGUCAUCCAGUCUCAGGAAGCAUCUCAGCAUCCACACGGGCGAAAAACGCUUCAGGUGCCCGCACUGCGGGAAGCAAUUCGCCGAUCCCAGCAACCUCAAGAAACACGUGACCGUUCACACAGGCGAGAGACCUUUCGGCUGCAGUCAGUGCGGCAAGACGUUCAAUCAGUCGUCCAAUCUGAAAACUCAUAUGAAGAUCCACACGGGCGAGAAACCGUUCGGCUGUGAACGCUGCGGACAGAUAUUUGCGUAUAAGAGCAGCCUGAUAAAACAUCAGUUGAUUCAUUCAGGCAAAGUGCCCUUUCGAUGUCUCCUCUGUGGUAAACACUUUUACCAGAUGGCAAACCUAAAGCGGCACGAGCGUGUUCACACUGGUGAAAAGCCGUUUGGUUGCGUCCGGUGCAGUAAGCGUUUCUCGCACCGACAUCAGCUGAAGACCCACGAGCGUGUUCACACUGGGGAGAAACCUUUUCUCUGUACAUACUGCGGUAAACGCUUCACUCAGUCAAGUCACCUCAAGACACACCUAAGUGUGCACAUGCCCUACAGCUGUGUUGUGUGUGCCCAGAGGUUUACCUCCAAAGAUGACUUUCUCAAACACCAUACAUGCUUGCAUAUACAAUGUCCAACAGACAUAGAGGAAGGUGAACCAGACUUGCUACUCAUCAAAGAGGAGAAAUCAGAGGAUGCUGUGUGCCACGUUGCAGACAGAGAUGUUAAUGCAGCUGUAGAGCCUGAACCUGGUCCAAGCGUGAAUUCCACGACAAAAUCCUCACCAGCCUUGGAACCGGAGAGUGAACAUGAGCAUUCCAGGGGCAAGCCCACAGCUGAGGAGGUCAGUGGAUUCGGCUCCAUCCUAAACCAGAACCAGACCCAGAGACUGAGAGAGUCAGCCAAAAACCUUGGUGUGACCCUGGACGACCAGCUAAACCUCUCAAGCCGCAUUGCGGUGGUCACUCAGUCCUGCAGUUUCUCCCUCUACAACACCAGGAGGAGUAAAAACACACAGGACGCGGAGCCUGGUCGGCAGCCUUUUAAGGAGGAGGGCUUAAAGGAGAGCGUGGGCAAGCCUAACAGAGAUUUUUUGCAAGAAUUGGAGAGAUAUACACAAGGAGCUGACCAUAAUGAAACUCUUAUCAAUAUGGACCAUUUGACAUAUCCAUCUGAGACCAGCGACCAGUCGAGGAGCAGAGCAAUUGCCAGUGAAGUUGGUGGUGGUGGAUCCAUCCUCAACGUAGAACCAAAGAUCGAGAGUGCAAAGAUAGAUGAUGAACUCCCCUCCAUGAACCAGCCCAACUGCCUGUCAGAAUGUGACGUUCGUGAUAGAGCCAGCACCACCAGAACUAGCACUACCAGGCACGAAUAUGUGGAGGGUGGUCGAGGUCAACAGGUUAACAAGGUGGCCAGUGAUGAUGCUGAGUUGCGCACUGAUGAUGAAGAUCCCGUAGAUUUUCAGACGCAAAUAGCUUCCAUAAUGGAGGUACUGGCCAAUGCGGCCGUUGCUGAAAUUUGCAAAGUUGUUGAUGAAGGCUACGCCGUGGUGCAUUUAGAGUUGUCUCAGAGUCACAAGGAGAACGAAUUUUUGAAGAGAAAAAUGAGGUUAAUGGAACUACAGAUUGCAAGACUUCGUGCAGAGAGAAUGCGUUUUCAAGACACAACAUUAAACAGUCGGUUCCAAGGUGUGCGGCUACUGAACAGGCACAACAAAGAUGGUUCAGCGUCAGUAGCUGUAGAGCCUGAACUUGGUCCAAGCGCUAAUUCCACGGCGAUGGACGCAAAAUCCUCACCAGCCUUGGAACCGGAGGAUGACCAUGAGCAUCCCAGGGGCAAGCCCACAGCUGAGGAGGUCAGUGGAUUCGACUCCAUCCUCAAACCAGAACCAGAGCCAGACCCAGAACCAGAGACUGAGAGAAGUAAAAACACACAGGACGCGGAGCCUGGUCGGCAGCCGUUUAAGGAGGAGGGCUUAAAGGAGAGCGUGGGCAAGCCUAACAGAGAUUCUUUGCAAGGUCUGGAGAGAAAUACACAAGGAGCUGACCAUAAUGAAACUCUUAAUAUGGACCAUUUGACAUAUCCAUCUGAGACCAGCGACCAGUCGAGGAGCAGAGCAAUUGCCAGUGAAGUUGGUGGAUCUGGAUCCAUCCUCAACGUAGAACCAAAGGUCGAGAGUGUAAAGAUAGAUGAUGAACUCCCCUCCAUGCACCAGCCCAACUGCCUGUCAGAAUGUGACGUUCGCGAUAGAGCCAGCACCACCAGAACUCUCUUUGAACGGACCAAUUUCGAAGUUCAAAGCGAGGAACCGUCUUGUUCCAACGUCGGUGUCCACGCAGGCCCGUUGCGACACCCUGGAGAGGCCUCCUUUCAGGUUGCCAGGGGAUACAAGACCGGCGGCGAACCAAGCUCGGAAUCUUCAGAUUUGAGGUCUGAUGUCAUAAUAGUCGAUCCCUUUCCAACAGAUGGAGAACCAGACAUGCAACUGACAUUUCAGAGAGGUGGCGUCGGACAAGGCACCAUGGCCAAUCAUAGACAUUUCAGGCACGAAUAUGUGGAGGGGCACAGACUGCUGGACGGACACUUUUCCGCUUUUGGCGGCUCCACCACCAGCUCAAGCGGACACCAUAUCCCGUGGAUGCACUCCGAGAUGGAGCAACAAGGUCCACCAAAUAACAUCUACGGACGUCACCACGGAGACGCACCUGUGGGCCUCCACCUCACGGACCUGAGGCCGUUCAGCUGCGCCCUCUGCGGGAAGCGUUUCACUCACAUGAGCCAACUGAAGGUUCACCAGCGAGUGCACACCGGUGAAAAACCGUACGAGUGCGAGCAGUGCGGGAAGCAGUUUCCGCAGCUGUGCAGCCUGAAGCGACACCAGAGGGUCCACACAGGAGAAAAGCCGUUCCGGUGCGCCAAGUGCGGCAAGCAGUUUGCCCACUCCAGCAAUCUCAAGGUGCAUCAGAGCGUUCACACUGGCGAAAGGCGCUUCAACUGCACUCAGUGCGGGAAGAAUUUCUCUUUCCUCAGCAACCUCAUCAGGCAUUAUAGGGUUCACACCGGCGAAAAACCUUUCAGCUGCACGCAGUGCGAGAAGCGGUUCUCUCACCUCCACCAGCUGAAGAUGCACCUGAGGAUUCACUCCGGGGAGAAACCCUUUAGCUGCGCGCACUGUGGAAAGAGCUUCUCCGAAAGGAGUUACCUGCGUUUACACCAGCGGAAGGUUCACAGGGUUGGGGUGCAGUUGUAAAUGUGAGCAGUCGGUCU